AAAUUGUUUUUAAAAAACUGUUUGAUUCAUAAAAAACCAUUAAAUAAUAUAUUUUUUUAUAAUUUAUAAAUACACAAACAUAGCAGACUAAUAGAAAACUCUAAAAACAAUGACCACUAGAACACAAACAUCGGCCAUGUCCUUGCAAACCUUAAGAGGAGUCUUUGAACAGCCAAAAAUGAAUCAUAGACGUGACUUUUUGCGGGAAAAUAAAUUAAAUUUACGUGAAUUGCAAAAGAACACCACGCACAAGUUAACGCAACAAAAACAAGACUAUGAAAGGAAACAGAAUAAACAUUUGCAAAGAUUUCACAAAACACAAGAACAAACCACUUUGGCACCAAGAAGAUCAGCUUCACAGUGUAGAAAUGUGGUAUGUAAUGGCGGCAGACAAUCUAGAAAUGAAGGAAUUACUGCAGCAGGUGUUCCCACAAUAAGAGGUAAACCUAAUUAUUUAGGUUUAAGACGUGCUUACAGUCAGCAAAGGCAAAGUGUAGAUAAUUUACAAACAGUAGAAGCAAAUGAAAGGAUUGGUGUAGCCGGUGGAGGUGGUUGUACAGCUGAAGUACCGACAAUAAGAGGAAAACCUAAUUAUUUAGGUUUACGACGAGCUUAUAGCCAACAGCGACAAAGUGUGGAGAAUCUACAAACUAGUUGUCCGUGCCAUCAUUCGCAAAGACAAACUCAAGAGAGAGAAACACAAUAUAGAGAACGCAUGCCACGUAGUGAAAGUGCAAUAUCGAUUGUAUCCAAAGCUGAGUCUUGUGAUAAGGAAAUACAAACGGAAGAUAUACAUGAUGAAGAUUUUUUGUAUGAGGCAUUAAAGAAAUGCAGUUCUUCUGAAGUUCAUCAUCUACAUAAACAGAAAACUAACGAUCAACUAAAUGACUCACACAACACUCUACAACGAUCCCAAUCAAACUACACUUUGCAACAAUAUGAACCCGAAACAAAAUCUAUACAUUCAGUUGAACAUGCACCCUAUAAUUAUCAAGACCAUUACGAGGAUCAUAAGCAUCAACAUGAUCAACAAAUGCAAUUCACAACAAGAUCCCAAAAUACCCAAAUUUCAAAUGGACACCGUCAUACAGUAGAGCAGGAAAAUGAAAUGUUUAAUGGAAUAGAAGAGGAUUUAGAAAAACAUUUUCAAAAUUUAAAAAUGAAUGGUCAUGUCAGAAUACCAGAACCAGAACCGUUAUCAAGUGCCAGAAGUCGUCAGACUAUGUGUUCCACCAGCACCAAAAGAAGUAUACAUAAAUUAGGAUGUCGUGAAGAUGUACGCUUGCCGCGUUAUUUGGAAAAGGAGAAACGUGAAAAGGAGGAGGAACGUAUGCGUGAAUUAACUAAAGAUCCCAAUUGUCCUUCAGGACAUUAUGCCCUAACAGAAGAGGAACGUUUGAAAGUUCUUCACAAAGCUCAACAAAAAAUGUCCUCUCUCAUUAACGAACUUAAUCACAUGCCCAUGACCACCGAAACUCUACGUAUACGUCAGCGUAAAGUUGAAAUUGAAAAAGAAUUAACACAACUCGAAUUAGACAUACGUUUGUACUCCAAACCUAAGGUUUACAUUGCGGAAACACCCAUUCAGUAUUAAUCAUAUGUUAAUAACUAUUAUUUGUGAAAUGGACAGAAAGGACGUGCUAAGGACGUGGAAGGUAAACUUUAAAUUAAAUCUUUCCAUUGUAAAUAUGCUUAAUUUGUAUUUCCUUAUGGAAAUACCAAUGAAAUAUAUAAACAAAUACCUCUUAUUCUCCUUUAAUACUAUAGAAAGAAUUUUAUGUAGAUUAUUUGUACUUUGUAAUACAACAAAAAAAUGUAAAUUAAAGAAAUAAAACAUAUGAAACGAGA